AUGCCGUGGACCAAGUUAGAACUCCGGGCCCAAAGGGAGGCUGACUCAUCUGAACCCAAACCAUCAGCAGCACCAGAUCCAGAGCCCAAACCUCCAGUUCUAGCACCAUCAGUUCCAGCUUCACCUGUCCACCCCCACUAUCACCACCAUGAAUUUAGUGACAUCAAGAACAAGUUUAUGAAUGAACUGGGCCGAACACCAAUUCCUUUGUGGGCAGUAGGAGCUAUCCUAGUUGUACUCCUGGCUUUAGUAGCCUGUGUCAUCUUCUGUAUUGCUAAAAAGUGCUUGGGCAAAAAAAAGAAAGCAAAGAAGGUACGAGAGAGGAAAAUCGCCUGCAGGAGGAGGGGCGAGAGAGAAGGAGAUGGUGAGGGUGGCGAUAAGGAUGAAGGAGAUAAGAAAGAGGGAGAAGGAGAGGAGAAGGAACAGGAGAAAUUGGGUAAGCUGGAGUUCUCCUUGGACUACAACUUUACAGAGACUCAGCUGGUAGUGGGGAUACUCCAGGCCCAGGAUCUUGCCGCAAUGGAUAUGGGGGGAACAUCAGACCCCUACGUUAAGGUCUACCUGCUCCCUGACAAGAAGAAAAAGUUUGAGACUAAGGUGCAGCGCAAGAACCUCUGUCCUGUCUUCAAUGAGACCUUCACCUUCAAGAUUCCCUAUGCAGAACUUGGGGGAAAAACGCUGGUGCUGCAGGUCUUCGACUUUGACCGCUUCUCAAAGCAUGAUAUUAUUGGUGAAAUCAAGAUCCCUAUGAAUAGUGUGGAUCUUGGCCAACCCCUGCAGGAAUGGAGAGAUCUGGAGAGUGGAGAAAAAGAAGAACAAGAGAAGUUGGGAGAUAUUUGCAUUUCGUUGCGUUAUGUUCCUACAGCUGGCAAACUCACAGUCAACAUCAUGGAGGCUAAGAACCUGAAGAAGAUGGAUGUUGGUGGCUUAUCAGAUCCUUUUGUGAAAAUUGUGCUGCAACACAAUGGGAAACGACUGAAGAAAAAGAAAACAACUGUUAAGAAAAAUACUCUCAACCCCUACUUCAAUGAGAGCUUCAGUUUUGACGUUCCUUUUGCACAGAUACAGAAAGUGCAGGUUCUCAUAACGGUGUAUGACUACGACAAGCUUGGAAGCAAUGAUGCCAUUGGAAAAACGUUUAUUGGCUACGGUGCCACAGGGGUAGGGCUACGCCAUUGGUCAGAUAUGUUGGCCAAUCCAAGACGACCUGUUGCCCAGUGGCAUACUCUACAGCCUGAGGAAGAAGUGGAUUCUGCUCUUAAAGGACCCCAUCGCUAA